UUUCUGCCACGUGGUUAUCAAAUGAUCGACAGAUCUAGAUGAUCGCAAACUGUAGGUAAAUUUUGAGCGUCUACCCUCAACAGCAUCAGAAUGGCCCCCGACGUUUCUGGUAAAGGCAUCCUCCUCAAAGUUGACCCUAUUGCGGACGCUUUCCGCGCUGAAGUCAAGGAUGGACUUGCAGCCCCGCAUCGUACACCGACGCUUGUCGGAAUCUUGGCAACUAAUGCAUCUCCAAGUAGGUUUUAUGCCGACUUUACGAGGAAGCAAUGUGAGGGGCUUGGGGUGAGGUUUAUUCUCAAGGAGGUUGGGAGUGCGGUGAAGCAGAAUGAAGGGGAGGAAGCGAGGUCAGAUGGGGAUGGUGUGGAGGAGGCAAUCAUCGAAGCUAAUGAGGAUGAUAACGUUGAUGGUAUUAUGGUGUAUUAUCCAAUAUUUGGAGGCCAGCAGGACCAUUAUCUGCAACAGAUUGUCUCUCCGCUGAAGGAUGUAGAAGGUCUUCAUUCGAAAUUCCACUAUAAUCUGUACCACAACAUCCGUUUCAUCACUCCUGCCUCGCUCGCCUCUACCAUUCCGUCUUCAAAAGUCGUCCAGCCAAUAAUAGAUGAUAUCCCUCCACCCGGAACAGUCAAAUCCAUCAUCCCUUGCACCCCCCUCGGCGUCGUCAAAUGCCUCGAGUAUAUCGGGGUGUAUAACAAAAUCCUUACAUAUGGCGAUCGCGCAUACGGGAAGACCGUGACCGUGAUCAAUCGGUCAGAAGUUGUAGGACGCCCUCUCGCCGCACUUCUUGCGAACGACGGCGCGAGAGUGUUUUCCGUCGAUAUCGACUCCACUCAGGAAUAUACAAAGCGGCCGCGUCCCUCAAAUCCGACUUCUGCUCGACAAUACCUCCCGCAUCAUACUUCGCACCUGUGCACGCUCUCGCUCGAAGAAUGUCUUGCGAUCUCAGACGUCGUUAUCAGUGCUGUGCCCAGCGCAUCAUACAAGGUCAAGACAGAAUGGCUAAAAGAAGGAUGUGUAUGUGUCAACGUCGCAGCAGACAAGAAUUUCGACAAGGAUGUAAGGGAUAAGGCAUCUAUAUACAUACCAGCGGUCGGCAAAGUGACUAUUUUGAUGCUCCUUCGGAAUUUGCUGCGUCUUUCACACUACAAUGAUGUGUCGGCCCCGAGUGGGAGCGAAGACAUCAUACCCGCCCAAUAAGCGAGAUCCCUCGUGGAAUCGUGUCGGUGCAGUCG